GUCAUUCCCAAAUGGCACAAACUUUCCCAUCUUCCCCUCCCAGCCUCCCACCUUGUCACCUCUUAAGCAUUGCCUUGAUUCAUCUUCCUUCGACGUUCUCUUCUGGGAACAUUCCCUGAUACAGAUUUCUUUGUUGUGCGUUGUUCGCGCGACGUUCCCGGGCGCUUUGAGAGUCGGCCGGAGUUACACCACGCCUGGUCUGGUUAUCGAUCGACUCAUUCCUGAGAAAUCCCCUUCCUUCGACGUUCAUAUUUGUUUUAUUUGACUUCAAGGUGGCUACCGACCUCCAAAUCGCACCUCACAUCGGACAUUACUAGUGGUCGUCGCGUGCCCAGCAUGGGACCAACAACUCCAGCUUCUGAAGAUGUCGAGAUGAAUCUUAGCACCGACGAACCACAGGCCUACACCGAACCUCCGCCUCAUAUAGCUGCGCGUUUCCACCGUAAAUCCUCUGUCCGCCGAAAGUCCUCUGCCAACUCGUCUCGUCGAAGCUCGCUGUCGUCAAUCCACUCGCACUCCUCUGCACGUUCUAGUCAUGGCGGGCCCUGCAGCACGCAUAUCGCACAACAUCUUCGACGAGCAUCCAUCCUUGAGAGUCGAAAGGCUCGCCUAGCCGACCGCGCGGCCCAUGCUGAACAGGUCAGGCUCCGGGCCGCUGCCGCCAAGGCGGCACAAAGGGCAUCUUACAGCGAGGAGAAGGCUUUAGCGGCGCAGGCAGCCCGGGAAAAGAUGCUCGCAGAGAUUACAGCCCGCUGUGAAGAAGAGGUAAAGCGAGCCAAAAAGGUCGCCGAGGAGACCAAGGAGAAAAAAGCAGCUGAGUUGGCCAGACUUAAGGAAGAGAUGGCCGAGAAGUAUGCAGAGGCAGACAGACGAAGGUCUAUGUACCAGCAAGGCACACGGCGGUCCAGAACAACUUCACUGGCGGCGGUCGAGGAGAAGAAAGUCGCCCCUGCAGUAUUGAAGCGCUCGAAUCGCGUCUACGCUGCAAAAGUCAUUCAGCGAUCAUGGCGUCGUUACCACGCGUGCAAGAUAUCCUCAGACUUCUCGGCUCUUGGACUCGACCUUCAGCGAGCCAAGGCCCUCCCUUUCGAAGAGUUGACUGAGUUCAUUUCGGACCAACAGACCACUGCUGCAACGACGUCUGUUCUAAGGCACCUGGGCGUUCUUGAAAAUGGCCAAGAAAACUCCGGGGUUGUGCGGCUUUUCCUGGGUGCCUAUCUUGUCCUAACACAUCCAAUGCAAGCUUUCAGUCAUGGUGGGAGUCAACCUCAGGAGCAAGAGGUCAUGGCAAAAUCCCGUUUGCUGAUCGAGGCUUUCGAGUCUUGCGUUGAGGCCGUGACCAGUCCGUCGCAGCCGAUUCUAUCGCAGCCCAAGGUCGAAGCCUUUUCCUUUGCCUUGAACGACUUCACCGUCACUUUCGACGCAUGGAAGAAAGAGGACAAGGGUUUGCUUGUCGACAUGAUGGUCAAUUCGUUCGUUAAUUUGGAUAUGAUUCUGCAGGCUACUAAAGAUGACCCCCACGGCCACGUUGCCCAGGAUUAUCUUGAUGCUGUCCGACAAGAGCAGAUUAAAUUACUGGCUCGUCUCAAGCGGCUUGCAGGCCCUGAGCAGGCUCUUUCAAGAGUUCGCAUAGCCGUCAGGAAGGCUCGAAAGCAGAAAGCGGCAGAACGGGAAAGGAAAGGAAGGGAGCAGGUCUCCCAAGCCUCUACGCCUGCUACCGAAGAGGCGGAUGUGGUUGAAGAAACUCUGAUGACACCUCCCGAAGCACCUCAAACCGGCCGAUCGGACCAGAUGGCGAGCGUGACAUCUGUUUCCGACAACCUCUCGCACAUGAUGACGCUAAUGCCAUCCAAUCGGGUGAUUGUGCACGAAAUACUGGUCAACGGUAGCUUUGAGGUACAGCAACAACCUUGGUCACAUGCCCGUAAGGGCUUGACGGACUCCUUGCAGGAAAAAAUGCGUGCAGACCUACAAGACGGAGAUAGAGAAGCCACUGCGAAGUGGACUCACUCCAUGGCAGAUCUAAUUCGAGAAAAGCUGAUGCUGCUUAUCACCCCACGACACCCUCUUUAUGGCAGGAUUGACGGCCUUCUAGAUCUGUCUUUGAUCAGUCAGCAGUGCCAGAAUGGUUUGUUCUCGUACGAUUCCUUUUUCAGGGCCAUCGCAGACUUGAUCGCACAGAUCUGUUCUCCGGGCCGAGAUGAGAUCGUCAGGGCCUUUGGUACUAGCACGGCAGGUGACACGGUUGACCGUCUUUUCGAGCUCAUCAACAUUAUUGAUCUGAUGAGUUUGGAUCACCUCAACUUCCAAUUCAGAUUAGCCUGUGAGGCGGUGCUGCAAAUCGGCCACUUGCACGAAAUUGCAUCGUUUGAUCGGGAUCUUGUGGCAGGUGUCCAUACACUUGCAAGAUCCAAGGAAUGGUGGGCCAAUGCGAAAUCAAGCGUGGGCUCUCAAACCGUGAGUGCGUCUGUGGUAUAUGCCAGAGGUCUGACCGACCUUGUAUUGCGCAAUUCACAUCUUAGCUUUCGCGACAUUCCCGAAACGCUACAGCUUGACUAUAUUCGCCUGCUCAAAUUACGAGCUCGAGUCUUCCAGAUGGUGGCCAUUUCCUCAAUUCUCCUAACCACCAAGAUCCGGCUCCGGCGCAACAGGGAAUCUCUCUGGGCAAAAGAUGCGGAGCGUCUGAUGGCUUUAGAUCCCUUGAAAUUCGAGGCCAGCAGGAUCGUCUCUCUGAUUGAAUCAUCCCACAUGAUGCCAGAAUCGACCAAAGAAGGCCUGUCCAACUUCGUGGGGCGGGUUCUGCCCACUGCCGCAGCGGCAUCGAGAAACCUCGAGGCAGCAGCGUCAGCAGAUUUUAAUGCGGCCCUUGACCAAACAAUGAACGAUCCAGCCGGCACAACCAAUUCCGAUGUAUUCAGCGAGCAAAUUGCGAGUUUCCUUCUGAAGACACUGCGAGAACACGUCUUCGCUAGACUUGCGGCGGCUAGCACGGCCGAGAGAGCUCGGACUACGACGGGUGCGGGGGAAGUUCUGGCGCGCGCAGGCAUGCCCGAGUUCCUGGAGGAGGUCAACGGACUUGUGGACACCCUCGACAGGGUUCGAUCGGCAGACUGGAAGUGUCAUGAGAGAUGGUACGAGGAGAUCGCAAGCCAGGCUGUCUAAGAGCGGGCGGAUUAUACAACACACAUGGGUCUUUGCAAAAAGGCUUUUCGUUCGAUUGGCGCGGGGUGAUUUCUAUCUUUUGGCAGAUGGGUUGUGUAUAUUAUGCCUUUACGAAACCACGGCGCAGCAACGAGGACCAAAUUGCAAUUGAUUGACGAUGACGAGAGGAAGGAGAAACAACACAAUGGAUCUAGCAACAUAUCACCUAGCAAGAAACAAACGAGUCUGUUUUACAUGAAGCACAUUGGAUCUGGCACUGUAGACCCUGUCGUUGUUUCUAGCGAGAGAUUCGCUUUGUCUGAGUCUGGUAUCCAGCAUGUGCACUGAAGAUUCUACUAGGUAGUUUGUCCCCGUCUGUCAGGGCCUAAGAUCACGGAGC